UUCACUCGGGUCGAGUCGGUAUUGUUAUGUAAACAAAAACCACAAAGAUUACGAGAUUUGUCGAUUUCAUUGCACAUUCACGACGUAUGUCACGGGUUGACAAACUGCGAAUGGGUAAAGCGAAACUAGCCGUCAUCGUCAGCACUCCCCUUACAGGGAAGUUGUGAAGUCACAUGAGCCAAGUGUUUACCAAUACGCUAAUAGAAUACUAUAGGUCGAAGGACAAAACGGGGUCAAAAGUAAUUCGUGCACAACAAUUCAUUUGAUAAAAAAGUUAUAAAACAAAAUGGCGUGGAUAAAAUCUGAAGUUCUCUUGUCGGUUUCUAUCUGGGUUUUCAGUCUCGUCUGUUCUGCCACAGCAGAUAUUUGUAGCGAUGGUUCGUUUUGUGACUAUUAUUGCUGCAACGAUAGGUACGGAGAACACUGCUGCUAUAACGUGGCCUUCGCUUGGUGGUUUUGGUUUGUCUGGGGUUUCUUCAUCCUUUUUGUCUUUCUGUCCUGCUGCGCCAUCAUCAGGCGUCGACAGAUCAGGCGUCAACAACAAGUCAUCGUUGUCCAACAAGAAUAUGCACCCACUGGCUACGGUACCGUGACCAACCCUCAGGGGCCACCGACCUACGUUCACCCUGGGUACCAACCCCAGGGGUACUCGCACCCACCACCGGGGCCAGCUCCCCAGUACCAACCCGUGGAGUCCGCCCAGCCCAUCCAGCAAGCUCAAGCUUAUCCCGAAAAUAAACCCGACCAGGUGCCGCACAACCCGAAUGAAAAGCCACCACCCUACAACCCUUACACCUCAUAAAGGAAACAUCAAGUACGUAGCUCAAAGAAUGAGCUGCAAGUUGGCGACGUGGUAACUAUAAAUGGCAACACACACCUAUCCAGAGCUGUCAACUGCAGAAAUUUCACUAAACAUAAAUAAAUCUACUGAAAGGAACUAAUUCUAACGCCUCCCUGAUUGUGGAAACUUUUUAAAUGUUAUGCUGUGUGAAAUGUUUUAAAGCAGUGGACACUAUUGGUAACUACUCAAAAUAAUUGC